AACUGCCUCAGUUAUAAGUUUAGCCUAUUAAAAUUUUUCAAAUGUAUACUCUAAUAAUAAUAUAAAAAAAGUAACAAAAACUAUAUAAAGAAAUUGAAUUCACUGGACAAGAGCUAAAGUUCAUGCAUUUAGUCGCGAACCAGCUCGCGUAAUUCGAUUAAACGUAUCGAGCCAAGUAUUAUGGCAAUCACCAAGUGUUUUUUACUCUUAUAAAAAAACUAAGUUAAAAGGAUAACUAAUAUGUUCUCUAGGCGAUCUGCCGUAGAGGCAACGUUUCUUUGGAAUGUCAUUACUAAAAUGCACCCAUACAAGCUGUUAAACAGCGUUAACCCAAGCCGGCAAAGGAUAUACAGAUGCAUGGCCAGCAGCAUAACAGCUCACGGAGACGCCGCCGAUGUGACUGGAACACCGGCCAAGACAGCCAGGAGUCGAAUCGCUGCUGGUGUCAAGACUUUGCCCCAGGUAGAUGAGCCAUUAGAAACGGGCCUCUCACCGAGUCGAUCGCGUGCGUUGCGCAAGAAACGUUUAGCCAUCGACGAGCUAUCUGCAUUGGGCUUCCUCAACACACGUGGCUUCACGACCGCCGACGAAUACAAUUUGGAGGAGCUGCAUGCGGCGCUCAAGCAACAGAAUCUGUACGAAACGAAACGAUUCUUCUCCACCGACAAUCUGGGCGUCGAGCAGAAUGUGCUCUUCGUUACGGCAAAAUAUCCAACAGGAUCGCGUCCACGUGAGAUCUUCUUCUUUCGCGAGGGAUCAGUUGUUUUUUGGAAUUGCAACGACAUCGAGACAAACAAUGUACUCAGCUUUCUGCGCAACUUCGAGCGUGAAUCAUAUGUGAGCACCCUGGUCCAUGGUGAAAGCGAGGUCAUGCCCUACACGUACAUCGCAUCGACGGCUGUUGAUGUUGAAGGCGAUCUGGUGGCCGAGUGCAGCGAUAUGAAUGUGGCCUCGCGUGCCUUCUUCCAGAACGGCAAGUUCUAUGUGACGCAGGACAGUGACAACUUCCUAUACAAAUACACAUUCUCGAAUGCGAUCGCGCAGUCCAUUAAGUUGGGUAUUUGGGAGGCGACACUGGAUCGCUAUAUUGAUUCGAUGGAGUAUCUAACGGAGGAUCUGAAACGUGGUCGACGGCUGCGCAUAUCGCGGGCUUCGAUGCUACGGAAAACAGGCGAAUUGUUUGCAUUGCGGCAUUCCAUAAAUCUCUCCUCGGAUCUACUCGAUGCACCGGACUUCUACUGGGACCGCGAGGAGCUGGAAGUGCUUUACUUGCAGGUGUGCUCGUAUUUUAGCAUCACGCGUCGCACCAAGGUGAUGAACGAGAAGAUCAACCAUUGCGUUGAGCUGGCUGAACUGGUCUCUCACAACUUAAACGACGCACAUCACAUACGGCUAGAAUGGAUGAUCAUUAUUUUGAUUAUGGUUGAAGUGGGAUUCGAGAUAUUGCAUUUUGUUGAGGGUGCCUUCAAUCAGGACCAAACCAUACGUGCCAAUCCUUAUCCCAUUUCCGAAAAUAGUGCAUAAUCUAAGCAUUUCUUUUGUAUUUACAGUCUGU